GAAAAUGAAUAGAAUAAAAAUUUGAGUACCAUAAGUAAAGUAGCAUUUUCCUUUAUAGCAUGUUUUUUUUAUUUUUUAUGUAACCACCCCUCAGAGGAACAUAAUGUAAAUGUGUGUAUGUGAGCAUAUCUGAGUAUGCUGUGUCUUGUCUGCGUGCAUGCUUUUGUCAAUAUUUUGCACUUUAUACAUCAGUAUAAAUACCAAUUUAGUGUGAGAAUGACAGCUUGCUAAAUCAUUUAAAAGGCUAAGCAUCCCCCUAGUAUUGAUUUGUUGCAGAAGUCGUUCUAUGAAGAUGAAUAGAUUCCUUGGGCUGGAAGAGAUGAAGAUAAUACACUAUAUAAGUCUAGUUAAAUUCCCUCACGGCAGCAACCCCCACAACAUCUCGGGAGAACGGACGGUCAGCAGGUACCCUCCAAUCCCAUGACCAAGUCAAUGACCUCUUUACACCCAGGAGCUCUGUGAGCUAUCAGCCCCCGGAGGACAAAGCCAACCUUGGGGUGUCAUCUUUGAGCUCACUGGGUCUUUUGCAGUGCUGUAGUGUAGACCAGGGCAUCAUCUCGUCUUACUGUCUUCAGCCAGCAACAACAGCGAUGGAUGGAACUCGGCUACCUCCGGUGAUGGAAGAGGUCGGGGACCCUGCAGAGGAGUCUUAUAAUGAGAGGCCAGAGAAGCCUGAGGUGGAGGAGCUGACUGCGGUGGAAACAAAGGUAAAGGUAGAGGAGCAGAAGACUGGGGGACAGGAAAGUGAGGAGCUGAUGUCAGAUGAACAGGAGCUUGAGGAGUUGAGGUCCCAGGUCAUACAGCUGCUCAUCGAGCUGGAGGAGACACGGGAACUCUCCCAGAGACAUGAGGAGGGCUUCCUGGAGUUACAAGGUCUGUUAGAGGAUGAGCGCAUGGCAAGUGCCCAUCAGGCUGAGACCUUCACUAAGCAGAUACAGAGGUUACAAGCCCAGCUGCGGUCAGUGCAGGAAGAGAUAGACAGCCUGGAGGAGGAGAAGGAGAGCGAGCUGUCCGAGGCACAGGAGGAGCUGCGGGUGGCGCAGGAGGAGGUCCUGGUGCUGCAGCAGGCAGCAGAGGAGGCGGCGGCAGAGCGGGAGAACGACAUCGCCAGCCUGCAGGAGGAGCUGUGCCGCCUGCGCGCCGAGCUGCAGAGACUGCACGCCACCAGGCAGGAGUACGAGCUGGAGAUCACCAGCCUGCGGGCAGAGAUCCGCAUGAAGAGCCAGGGCAGCGCCCACGACAGAGAGGAGGGGGAGCCGCUGCAAGGUGAAGUGCGGACGCUGCGGGAUGAGUGUCAGAGCCUGAAGGAAGAGUCUCAGUCUUUGAGGGAGGACAACAAACAGCUUCUGAGGAAACUGCAGCACCUGUCACAAAACAGGGAGAGCACUAAUGACCUGUAUCUAGCACUAAAAGAAGGCACUCUGAGCAGUGAAGGUGAAAAGCCUUCCACUGGAAAGAAAGAUUUAAGUGGUGGAACAGAAGAAGAGGGGUAUGAGGUCGGCAGGGCCGGGAGUUACAUGACUUUAGCAGAGUCGACCUCAAACUGUAGGCUAGUAGAUGCAUCUGUUCAGAAGAAUAUAUCGUUUGAUGGAAAACCAAUGACACCAACAGGUGGCUUAAAUGGGGGAAGCUUCUCAUCAGGCUUUUCAGAAGUAGCCUCUCUUCGACAACAACUGAAGCAAGCUGAAGAGAAAGCUCUUUGUGUGCAGCAUGAGGUAUAUGCUUCUACAUGUGCAGGGCUGCUGGCUGAACUGAGGGAGCUGCAGGGCCUUUACAGUACCAGCCAGAAGGAAAGGGCUGAGCUGGAGAGGGAGCUUCAGAAGUGCCGGGAGGAGAUGCAGCAACUCACAGGGAAGAAUGCUAAGAACUCUCCUACCCCUGAGCCACCUGUUCUGUCCAUCCCCCUAAUAGGAAUGAUUGUUAUAGUGGCCCUACUUUGGUGCUGGUGGGCGGAGUCUUCAUUCUAGAGGUGACAAGGGGCCUACGGGAGGCUGGAGCCCACUGAUGGUGGUGGCUGUAGCUACAGCUGUUGUCCUGAUCUUCCCAAGCUUGACCAGGGCACUCUCCUGAGGAUCUCACUGGGGUCUCCCAGCAGCAUUCCACUUCCAAGGGCAACACUCCCUCACAUCAACGCUUCUGUCUGCCGCUUCACCGCUCGGCUUUGCGCCCAACAUAUUAUUGGGGUUUGACGACAUCUCUGCCUGACAACUAGUCAACAGUCUGUGGAUUUGUCGUUUCCCCGCCCGUUGCUUGAGCUGUUAUUCCUUGGAUGACCAUUUAAGAAACUGUAGAAUACCUUUUGGAUGCAUACUCACUACAUUAUUUCAAGAAAGAUGAAAAGUCAGAAGGGGAAGCAAUAUGCCAACAGUGCGGUUCCCUGCAAGUUUUUAAAUCCAUCUGUUUAUUCUUCAUUAUUGUUAAUUUAGAGCUUGGCCCUUCAGUGUGGAUCAGAAUUAAUUUCAAAAUGCCUUGUUUAGAGUCACCUCAGCAUUAUAAAUAUGUGGGUCUGUUUAUAAGAUCUUAAACAUACUGUGUUAUUAUAAGAGGCCAGGUGGCAUUUUGGGACUGCAAAUCUCACAUGCCACCACUAAGUUCAUUCGAAUAUGCUACAGAAUUUGAUAUGUAUUUAUUUAUUUGGAACAAUAUAAAGGGUCAUUCUGCCUUACAAAUUGAUGUUAUUAGCUUUUAACGACCAACAUGCAAAGAAAAAGAAACACUUGAUGUUCAAAAUUGCUGGUUAAACAUGACCUGCAGUCCAAGCAAUCCUGAAAGAUACCUAGCUGCAAAAUCAAAGGAAAACUUACUAUAGAGUAUAACAAAUCCUAAAAAUACAAACAAAUUGACAUCUAUUUUAGGAAAACACUGUUUCCUUACAAUGCUUCAUCGAAAUAUCCUUUUUUGAUUUACCUAAAAGCAUGCUUUCCUUUCACUAUUUAUAUUGGUAGGCCUCUCAGUGGCUGCAAACCUUUUUGCUUGUCCAUCUGUGUGUUUCAUCUGACGUAAAGACUUACCUAUCAGAUACUCACACUACCAUUGUUUUUUUGGACCACCGCUGAAUGAAAUACCUUUUCUGUGCACUGAGCAGUUGCAUGCAUUUCUCUGCUGAGGAUCUACAAACACAAGGAAUAAUCCUUCUUAAAUGUUUAAUUACGGCCUUGUUUUUCUCUACCAUUUUCACAAACCUUUCCUUCAAAAUUCUUGACUAUUGCAAAUAACUCUGUCACUCCAUUGGAGGUAAUGGCAAGUCUGGAAAAAUGUGCCUGUGGUUGUUGACUGAAACCUAAUCAGAACACUUAAAGCUUUACUGAUCCUUGAACUGAAAUGUUGCACAUUUCUGGAUAGUCCGCCUGUAUUCUGUGGUUGCAAUUUUCCAAUGUGUGGUUCUAUAAAUCUCUAGACAGAGGUCCAGGGGUUUCUUUCUCUCUUCAAGCUCCCUCUUUCUUUCAGGCCCUGGGCAAUCAAUGUUUUAUGAAUAAUAUACAGGAGCUACUCCCAGGUCUGUAUUUGUAUAAAAUAGUAGUCUUACGAGGAUAGUAAAGCUUUGUACAGUAUCUAUGGCACAAUGUUUCAGUACACAAUAUUUCUGCACCACUUUUGCAACAAUUAACUUACUAGCCUGUGUAACUUUUGAAUUGAAGCAAAUGAAAGUAUUAAUUUACAUUCAGCAUAUUAGUUUUCAGCGUUUUGCAUUCAUGGUAUUUUUAUUUAUUUUUUACCUGUCUUGUGCUAGGAAGUAACUUGAGAUUAAUAAUCUAUUUUACAAGUAUUGCUGGCCAAGAACAUCACAUGCAUCUCACAUAUCAUCCUGUUAAGAGUAUUAUAUCAUCAAAGCUGUUAUGAACCAGUUUGGACUUAUUCCUGCCACAACUUGCAAGAGACACUAUGGGUCAAAAAAAUAUAAAUAUUUAAACAGCUAUUUCGGUCACACUUUAUUUUAAAGGCCUAUUUUCUUUGGUUUAUUAACUGUUAACCACAAUGCGAAAGAGCUGGGCUUGUCUGCAUUCGUGUUAUAUAGCUUUUAAUCUCAUCUCACCAACAGGGACCAGAAUCCAGAAUAGCAGUGCAUCACACAACACUGCCUGUUAUAUUACUUUACCCUUAGCUCAAAAUGAACAAUGUUUGUUAAGAUACCUGCUAAUGAAAACCUGAUUUAAUUUGAUAAACAUUACUACAGUAACAAUUUGAACCGAUUUCAAAUAUAUGAUCGACCGGAACUUGAUAAUCAAUAAGGCUCUGAUGUUUUAGCUGGGCUAUUAUAUAUUAACUAACAAUUAACAGAAACAUAAAUAUGUAUAUUAACAUGUUUAUUAGCUGGUUGUUACUAGUUAAUAGGUAUCUCUUAAAAUAAAGUGUGACCGUUAUUACAAUUUUUAAUAGAUGCAUUUGAAACUAGUAUAAAAUGAUAAAGAUCAAAGAAAGUUAGAUCACAUAACUUUCAAUUUUAUUGAUUCACCCAUUAACUUGUACUGCAUACUUGUAAUGUCUCUUGUUUUACAUUGACUUUAUGUAUUUGUUUGACAACUACAGUUGUAUCAUUUUGCAUUGACUAAAUAGGUGUGUAACAAGUAUUGGAAAAGAGACAACACUGAAGUGAAAUAAACAAACACAGUAUUGUUUUCAUACCCCUGCACAUGGGAAUUCUCUUAUAGAGCUGCACUACUAAUUUAAACUGGUUGUGUUAGUUCUUCAGUCAGUAGGCAUCUUUGAAAUAGCCAUGUGCCAUAUGGUACAACAAAAAAAAAAGAAAUCAAAUUCAUGUCUCUAAAGUAUCGUAGUGUACAUUCACAAAACGGUAUUGCUUGAUCUAAAAAAUAUAUACCACUACACAGUUUCAUGUCUACAGGAGUGAUGGGAUUUUACUGUAGAUGACAGAUGGAACUAGUGACUUCUUUUUACUGUCCCCUUCACCCUUGUUGAACGCAUUUUGAGAAAUACGCUACCAUGUUUGUACCCUCAUAAUGGCUUUUAUAAUGAUAUCCACAUACCCACAUUCCUAGGGCAAAAUAGAAACUUGCACAAUUUUCAUGUUCUUGGGAAGCUUGAGCGAUAGUACCCAAGCAAAUCAGUCUGAUGAAUUCUAUAACACCAUUUUAUUGUUACACUUUGGCUAAUAUAAUUAUAUUUAAAAAUGGGUCUAAUGAGAUUGCUUAGUUUUUAUUAGUCACAAAAGUGAAGAAUGGAUUUUUCUUGUUUUUUUUUCAGGAUCAGAGUAUACUCUCAAUCUUAUGAGAGUCAAGUAGAUACAUUGUAAACAUGCAAUUUAUCUGGUAGCCCUGAAGGAAUCUUUUUUCUCCCUCUGUUACAUGUGAGGUAGUAAUGGGUUGUGGUUCAGCAUUUAGUACUGUUGUAAAUGGAAAAUGUUACACCCUAAUGCCACCAACCCUUCUAUUUGAGCACUAAAUUCAAUACCAAAGUAAAAAAAAAAAAAAUUUCCCCUUGAGGUCCUAAUUUGAUCUCUGAAUCAACUAUGGGGGCUACUGACAAAAUCUUAACACAGAAAAAGUCUGUUUUGAUAUAUGUAACAACGUUUCCAUUAUUGUAACUAUUUGGUGUUUAAAAAAUUAUACUCAAAACAGACUUUUAAAAAACGUAUCAGUUAAAGCUUUGUGAAAACGUAAUAACAAUUAUCUAAAGCAAUAUUUUUUGUUUCAAAACUGUUUGAGAUAAAGCUUUCUUAGGGGAGUGCCAAAAACCCAUUGCUGCCUUGUUUUAAAUUAUAUUUAUAUGUAUGCAUAUGCUAUUUUUAUGAAGCAUGCACAGUUUUCUUUCUCUCUGAUAACAGGCAUGCAAAAGGUUUUCCAUUUUCUGUAAAGCAAUAAUGAAAACUCUCUAAGAAGUGACAAAAUGGUUCAACAGUCUAUACACACAUGACAGUAAGAUAAAUUUACCACAGUCUUUACUUGAAAAGGAGAAUCAAACUAGCAACUGAAAAGGUUUAUAAAAUAUGUGCCUAAGUGGUUUGUUAAUAGUUGUGUGCAAACUGUGCUUUGGUGUAAUGACAUGAAGAUAAAAACGUAUAUUACUGUAUAUUGUUUUGGUGAACUCUACUAUCAUAAGUAUCCCAGUGUAACGCCAUUGGGAUGCUAGGAGUGGUUCUGAAACUGAGCUGGCCUGUGGGCAGGGUUACUGUCUGGCAGAAUUGCUCAAUAGUGGAGCACUUGCAAGUUCUGCCCAUCACUUUUACUGACACAGGUUCCAUGGAGAGUUUUCAGUUCAAUGCUUUUGUGAAAUGAAGAAUUUUUGGCUUUCCAUGAUGCAGUGCAGCAUAUAUAAAAUAAUGCAAGUGGUGUAGUCAAAUCCAGAUAGCUAACCUGUUCCUUACCAUACAUUUUGAAAAAUCCUCCAUCAUUUACAACACAUUGUUUCUGUUUAGUCAAGCAAAAAAAAAUUAUAACUGUACACUCCCCUUAUUACAGCACCACAUUUCAGAUUUGUGAUACUGUACAUGUGUUAUCUUCCUAAUUUCAUCUAGAUUAGAAAAGAAGUAAAAAGAUGGAUUGUACUGUAAAAUAAUGCACCACCAAAUGGUGAUAAUAAAACAUACUUUGCCCAAGUAUGAGAGCACACUGCAUCUGGAUAAUGUUACGCUGUUUAGAUUUUAUUAUUAUUGUGGGUCCGUCUAGGUUAUUUAGUCACUGAAUCCCUUUUGAAAUUCCUCUUUUAUUGUGUCUUUGAAAAUUUGAACAGGGUUGCAGAAGGAGAGUAUGGACUGCCUAUCUUUUGAGGAAUUCUGAAAUUCCUUCAGAUUUACUUUCUGAGCAUGUCACAGCAAGGCUUACUUUUAGUUACCUGCAUGCUCUUUAGGCAUAUUGCAAUUAAAUAUGAAAAAGCCCAUUAUUGAGCUGAAAGCUCAUAGGGCACAUACUGCAGGACUUUAUUUGAAAUACUGUGCAGGAGCUGAGAUCAGACUUUGGCAAAUUAUGUUGCCAUUUAUGUCUCAAGUAAUUCAGUCAGCUGGCUGUGGCCUGUGCUGUGAAAGACAGGCCCCAUAUUGUUAUAUUAUAACUGAAGUACAGAACUGAUGACCAUUACGUAAACAGCCUUUAUUACUAAAGAUGUUUACUUUCUUGGUUAUACUUAGAAAUCUGGUGUGGAGGGCUGGGAAGGCCUUGAGGGAUAGUUGUCUGUGUGAAAUAUAAUCUGUUUUCAUUAUGUGGUUAGCAGCUAAUGGAUUGCACAAAAUGUAAAUACCUAGUCUUCCCUUAUCAAAAUGUAGUAAUCUUAUUACAUUAGCACAAUAUUGCUGACAUAAUAAGCAUAAUUGUAGUGUAGAGUUUGUGGACAGUGAAAAAUACCACUUGGGCAGUUUACAUAAUAAGGAUGUGUACAUUCUAUACUUCUAUCAGUAUAAUUUAAUUCUCUGUUGUGUUGAUGUCAUUUUUCUUUUAAAAGUUUAGUUGUCGCCAAUGGUUUUUUACCCCGGUUUUCUCCCCAAUUUGGAAUGCACAAUUAUCAUUUUUAUCCUGGUUCACCGCUGCAACCCCCAGGCGGCUCGUGAAACAGAGGCUGAAACACGCGUCCCCCGAAACAUGUUCCUGCCAAUCCGUACUGCGGAUCCACAGCGAAGCCAACAGACCUAUAGUGCCGGAGGACAACACAAAUCUGAAUGGCUCCACUGCAGACCUGCAGGCGCCCUAUCAGCCACAGGGGUCGCUGGUGCGCGGUAAACCGUGGAUUGCCCUGCCUAAGCCCUCCCUACCUGGGCGGCUGCCCCCUAGGAACCCCCGGUCACGGUCGGCAAUGACAUAGUCUGGAUUCGAACCUGCGAUCUCCAGGCUAUAGGGCGCAUCCUGUACUCCACGUGGAGUGCCUUUACUGGAUACACCACUCGAGAGCCCCCAUGUCAUUUUUGACAAAAACUUGAAAGCCCCUAAAUCAAAUGGUGUUUUCUAAUACGUUAAUUUUACAUGUAGAUAAAUAGGUAUUUUAAGUAACAAUAAAAUAUACUGUGCUAAAACACUCUUUGUAAACAAUUACAAUUUUAUUGACAACAUUGUAGGCUUAAUUACAAUACAUUAUAUUGAAUAUAUAUAUAUAUAUAUAUAUAUAUAUAUAUA